AUGGCGGAGAAGAAUAAAAUUCUACCCUGGUCACUUUUACCUUAUCCAGCGAGUCUACUAAAUCACGUUUGGUACAGUCAACUAGCGUUUAAUACCAGAAUAUUAGAAAGUAUGAAAAUGCCAGCUAGAACUUCGGGUUUUCACAUAAGUGACAUAUUAGAGUUGAACGAUGCUAAACCAUCUUCAGAAGAGAACGAUGUACAAGGAAGUACAACGGUUCUACCGACGGCCAACGAAGUUCCAUUGGCGUAUCAACAAUUUUUAGAACACACGACGGCCAUGUUACAACCGAUGCAUGUGAAUCUAAAUAGGGGUAGUUUGCCACCACCACCUCCGGGAUUGCUUAGCUGGCCAAGUGGACCAACAACGGCUUUACCAACUACACUACCACAGCCAUUAGAAGAAGUAAACAUUCUCCAACAACCAGAUUCUACGAGUCCGGCGAUAUCGGAAUUGUCAUUUCCGUCGCAACAAGAGAACAGUCACGAAUCUAAGGACGAGGAAUCGCAGGAUUUCGAAGAGGAACAUCAAAACGGUGAAACACCGAGCCACGAGGCGGAACAUAAGAAAAGGAAAAGACGCGUAUUAUUUUCAAAAGCACAAACGUUCGAAUUGGAAAGAAGAUUUCGUCAACAGAGAUAUCUUAGUGCACCGGAAAGGGAACACCUAGCGUCGAUAAUAAGAUUGACACCGACCCAAGUUAAAAUUUGGUUUCAAAAUCAUAGGUACAAGACGAAACGUGCUGCUACGGAAAGAGUAGAAGCCGGUGGUAGUGGUUGUUCGCCUAGAAGAGUGGCAGUUCCGGUUUUGGUCAGGGAUGGUAAACCAUGUCAAUCGAAAUUAAUGGAACAAGCGAAUUAUCCUGGAAAUGGUCAAGUACCUAUGGCUCCUUACGUGCCAAAAACAUUUUGGUGGUAA